AUGAAGAUGUUAACAAAGUUUGAGUCUAAGUCUUCUAGGGCUAAAGGCGUAGCCUUUCACCCCAAAAGACCAUGGGCAUUGGUUUCCUUACAUUCUUCCACUAUUCAAUUAUGGGACUAUAGAAUGGGUACUUUAAUUGAUCGUUUUGAAGAUCAUGUUGGGCCUGUCAGAAGUGUCAAUUUUCAUCCAACUCAACCAUUAUUUGUAUCUGGAGGUGACGAUUACACAAUUAAGGUUUGGUCGUUGAAUGAAAGAAAAUGUAUGUUUACUUUGAAUGGACAUUUAGAUUAUAUUCGUGGCGUCAGUUUCCAUCAUGACUUGCCAUGGAUUAUUAGUUGUUCCGAUGAUCAGACCAUUAGAAUUUGGAAUUGGCAAAAUCGUCAAGAGAUUGCAUGUUUAACUGGUCAUAAUCAUUAUGUUAUGAGUGCUCAAUUCCAUCCUUCUCAAGAUUUAAUUGUGAGUGCCUCUUUGGAUCAGACCGUAAGAGUGUGGGAUAUUUCUGGCUUAAGAAAGAAACAUAGUGCCCCAACUUCAUCAAUGAGAUCAUUUGAAGAUCAAUUGCAAAGACAACAAUUGCCCCAACAAGAUAUUUUUGGAAAUGUCAAUGCCAUAGUAAAGUAUGUCUUAGAGGGCCACGACAAAGGAGUAAACUUUGCGUCAUUCCAUCCAACCAUGCCUUUAAUUGUAUCUGCUGGUGAUGAUAGGGUAAUUAAGUUAUGGAGAAUGAGUGAUACAAAAGCCUGGGAAGUCGAUACCUGUAGAGGUCACACUGGUAAUGUUUUAAGUGCAAUUUUCCAUCCAAAUCAAGAGUUGAUUUUAUCGGUAAGUGACGACAAGACUAUCAGAGUCUGGGAUUUAAAUAAAAGAGUUCCAAUAAAACAAUUUAGAAGAGAGCACGACAGGUUCUGGUUAGUUGCUUCCCAUCCUACCAUCAAUUUAUUCGCUGCUUGUCAUGAUUCUGGUGUCAUGGUUUUCAAACUUGAAAGAGAAAGACCUGCACAUGCUAUUUUCCAAAAUAAAUUACUCUUUGUUAAUGCAGAAAAACAAAUUCAAUCCUUUGACUUUCAAACAGAAGAAACUGCACUUCCAAUGUUGUCCUUGAAAAAGAUCGGCAAACCAUGGUCAUUCAUGAGAAUGCUUUCUUAUAACCAGAGUGAUAACUCCAUAUUACUUGUACAUGGAGAAGGUGACAAUUCCAAUUAUUCCUUGAUUACUUUGCCCAAAAGCGCUGCAGGUGCAAUUGAACCUACUGAUGUUAGACAAGGUGAAGGUAACUUUGCGUGCUUUAUCUCCAGAAAUAGAUUUGUCACUUUUGUCAAGUCUACCAAAACUUUACAUGUUAAGGAUAUGAGUAACAAUAUUACCAGAGCCAUUCAAUUGGAUAGCUCAGUUAAUGAUGUUUUGUACGGAGGAGCCGGUAGAGUCUUGUUAGUUAAACCUCACUCUGUUAUAAGUUAUGAUGUUCAACAACGUAAAGAAUUGUCAGAAAUUAGUGUUAACAAUGUUAAAUAUGUCGCAUGGUCAAACAACGGUCAACAUUUGGCAUUACUCUCAAAGCAUACAAUUACUAUUGCUAAUAGAGAUUUGGAAUUAAUCACAUCUAUGCAUGAAACGAUUAGAAUCAAGAGUGCUGCUUGGGAUGAUUCCGGUGUAUUGUUAUAUUCCACUUUGAACCAUAUUAAGUACACUUUAUUGAAUGGUGAUAACGGUAUCAUUAAAACGUUAGAGAACACUUUGUAUAUUGCUAGAGUAGUUGGCAAUAAAGCCUACUGCCUAACCCGUGGCGGCCAAGUUGAAACAGUAAUAAUUGACCCUACCGAGUAUAGGUUCAAGAGGUCAUUAGUUAAUAGGAAUUUCCCAGAAGUGUUAAGAAUUAUUAAGAAUUCGACCUUGGUUGGUAAGAACAUCAUUGCUUAUUUGCAGAAGAAAGGAUUCCCAGAAGUUGCUUUGCAUUUUGUUCAAGAUCCAGAAACCAGAUUUGACUUGGCUUUAGAAUGCUCUAAUUUACAAGUUGCUUUUGAACAAGCAAAAUUGUUGAACACGGCUCAAGUUUGGCAAAGAUUAGGUGAAGAGGCUUUAUUGCAUGGAAACAUGCAAAUUGUGGAAACGGUCUACCAAGAAUUACAUAGUUUUGAUAAGUUAUCGUUCUUGUAUUUGUUUAAAGGUGACUCCGACAGGUUGGGAAAGAUGACCACUGUUGCUGAAGCACGUGGUGACAUCAGCGCCUUAGUUCAGAAUACUUUGUACAGCAAUGAUAUCAAAAAGAGAUGCGAAGUCUAUAUUCAAAAUGGAAUGUUACCGUUGGCCUAUACUUUAGCCAAGUCUAAUGGACUAGAUGAAUUAGCCGGUUUGAUUUUGGAGAAUGCCGGUCUCACUGAAAAAGACGUUGAUUUGCCAGAAUUGGGGCAAUCUGUUGCUUUGCCACAACCUAUCUCCGAACCAAUUGGCAAUUGGCCAUUAAAGGAAAGCUCCUUGUCAUUUUUUGAGACUGCUUUGAUUACUGGACAAGUUGAAAACUUGAGUAUUGAAGAAGCACAACCAAGUAUUGACGAAGGUGUCAACCUAAACACACAUAAUUUAGAAUUUACCGAAGAAGAAAUCGCUGACGAAGAAGACGUAGAAGGUGGUUGGGAUUUGGAUGAUGAAUUGGAUAUUCCUGAAGAAGAUUUGCAACACGAGGAUGAACCCGUCGUUUCUGGUGCUGAAGGUGAAAUUGGAUAUUGGUUAAGAAAUGCCAAAACUCCAGCAACUUAUGUAGCUGCUGGUGCCUUCGAGCAAGCAGCGUCCUUAUUGAACAAACAGUUGGGUGUCAUUAAUUUUGAACCUUUGCGCCCUAGAUUUAUUCAAGUUUACAGUUCUUCCAAAUUGUACUUACCUGGUGUUGAUGGUUUGCCGGCAAUGAAGGAUUUUAUCAGAGAGGAUAAUGACGAAAACGAUCCUAAGAGUUUCAGACCUAUUGUUCCUGGGUAUGAACUCUUGGAAGAUCAGUUGCAACUUGGUUUUAGGCAAUUCAAAGCAAACAACUUGGAAGAAGCAAUCCAAACGUUCAGAGAUGUAAUUUACACAAUUUCAGUGCUUAAUGUCGAAGAAGAAGAGGACGAGACCAAGUGUAAAGAAAUCUUAGUUUUGUGUCGUGAAUAUAUCUUGGGACUUUCCAUAGAAUUAGCGCGUCGUGCUCUUGGAACAAGCGACAUUAAGCGUAACUUAGAACUUGCUGCCUACUUUACGAAAGCUAAAUUGCAACCAGUUCAUAGGUUAACUGCAUUGCAAGUUGCGAUGACCCAAGCUUUUAAGAAUAAGAACUAUGCCAGUGCAUCAUACUUUGCUAGCGAGUUAUUAAAAAUUUCGUCAUCUGGACCAAGAGCUGAUCAAGCUACUAAAUUAAAGGCAAGAGCUGACGCUAUUGCUAACGACGCGAUUGAGAUCGAUUUUGACCCAUAUGCUGAAUUUGACAUUUGCUGCGGUUCAUUUACUCCAAUUUACAAAGGUGAAUCAUCUGUUAGAGAGGCUUUGGUUGAUGCCAAAUACAAACCCGAAUUCAAGGGCAAAUUGUGUAGGAUUACUCAGGUUACGGGUGUUGGCAUUCCUGCUUCCGGAUUGCGUAUAAGAAAUUGA